GUAAUAUUCAAUUAUUUUCAAUAAAUAAAAGGGAACAACCCGAAACCGCCAGCAUAAGAAGUCCCAUUGCCUUCAACCCGCGCCUCUCUUCUCUCCAUCGAAAUCACUGAUAGCUUCGCUCUGCUCUAAUGGACACGCUUCAGGCGACUUACCCAGAUUAUCAAUCUGAGCCGGGACCUCCACCUGAAGCUCUUCCCCAACAUUCAUCCCAGAGCUAUCCUGAAUCGUACCCUCAGAUCUCCUCUCAAACCCUAGACCAGUCCCAGUCGAACCCCAUCACGGAAUGUUCCCAGGAUCAAAUUAUGCCUGAAAAACCCCUAGAUUCGGAUCACCAGGACACUCAGCAGGUCUCCGAGCAGAAACCGCCGGAGGAUGGCGCUCAGAAGCUCGUUGUGCAGAAACACUUUCUGUCUGAGAACGGGCUGACUAAUACUCACAGUGGCACUGACAAGGACCAGUCUGGCGGGGAAGAGGAGACGACAAGCAGAAGACGGCGAAGGAGUAGGUGGGAUCCCCCGCCUGGCGAGUCUAGCAACGAUGGCACCGCUACUGGGGGUGAUGGGAGUGGGACGGGGACUGGAACUGGACGAAAACGAAAGUCACGCUGGGCGGAUGACGAACCCAAGCCACUGAUUCAGCUACCGGAUUUUAUGAAGGAUUUCGCCGGAGGUAUUGAAUUUGACCCGGAAAUUCAGGUUUUGAACAGCAGGUUAGUUGAGAUUACUAGAAAAUUGCAAUCAGGAUUGCCUCUAGACGAUAGGCCAGAUGGCGCACGCUCACCCUCACCUGAACCAAUCUACGAUAACAUGGGAAUUAGAAUAAACACUAGGGAAUACCGUGCAAGAGAGAAAUUGAACAGGGAAAGACAAGAGAUUAUUUCACAGAUGAUAAAGAAAAAUCCAGCCUUUAAGCCUCCUGCUGAUUACAGACCUCCUAAACUCCAUAAGAAGCUUUACAUACCUGUCAAGGAAUACCCUGGUUAUAACUUCAUCGGUCUUAUCAUUGGACCAAGAGGGAAUACUCAAAAAAGGAUGGAAAAGGAGACAGGAGCCAAAAUAGUGAUCCGUGGAAAAGGUUCGAUGAAAGAAGGCCGAUUGCAGCAAAAAAGAGACAUGAAACCUGACCCUUCUGAGAAUGAGGAUUUACAUGUAUUGGUGGAAGCUGAUACCCAAGAAUCACUGGAGGCUGCUGCGGACAUGGUGGAAAAGCUCCUGCAGCCCGUUGACGAAGUCCUUAAUGAGCACAAGAGACAACAACUAAGGGAACUUGCUGCAUUGAACGGAACUAUUAGGGAUGAAGAAUUUUGUAGAUUAUGCGGUGAACCUGGCCAUAGACAAUACGCUUGCCCUUCCCGUACUUCCACCUUUAAGAGUGACGUGUUGUGUAGAACGUGUGGUGAUGGGGGCCAUCCUACUUGCGAUUGUCCAAUGAAAAAUACAACAGGCAAGAAAAUGGAUGAUGAGUAUCAAAACUUUUUGGCAGAGUUGGGUGGUACAAUGCCUGAGUCUUCAACUAAGCAAAUUUCUGGGACACUUGCUCUUGGCAAUGGUGUUGGUUCAGGUACAAAUCCUCCUUGGGCUACCACCAGUAGCAGCAUUGGUAGUGGGGUUGUCAGCUCGUCACAUCCCGGUUUAGGGUCAACCGUGGUCAAACCUAAGGAGUAUGAUGAGACAAAUUUGUAUAUUGGGUACUUGCCACCCACCCUGGACGAUGAUGUUUUGAUCAACAUGUUCUCUCCUUUUGGCACUAUUGUAAUGGCUAAGGUAAUUAAGGACCGUGUUACUGGCCAGUCUAAGGGUUAUGGUUUUGUGAAGUAUGAAGAUGUUCAGCAGGCUAAUAAUGCUAUCGCUAGUAUGAAUGGUCACCAUCUUGAUGGUAGAACGAUUGCUGUUAGGGUUGCGGGUAAGCCACCUCAGCCUACAUUGCCUCCUGGCCCCCCUGCCCCGCCAAUGCCUACAUACCCUCCCACCAAUCAACCUGUGGGUGCCUACCCUUCACAGCAGUAUGCCACAGGUGGACCUAUGGGGAGUGCUCCAGUUCCAUGGGGACCACCUCCUCCUUAUCCCCACUACCAGUUUCCUCCUCUGCCUCCUGGUUCAUCCGUUUAUGCUCCAGUUCCGCCACCUCCUUAUGGAAUGAUGCAGUUUCAUCCUCCAUUGCCUACUAGUGGAACUACUUCAGGUGCCUCUACCCAAACUGUUCCUUCUAGCGAAGCACAACAAAGUUACAGCAGUAGUUACCCCCCUGGGGUCCAGUCUCAGGGUAGUGCACCAGCUCAGUCUGUGGCCACAUAUGCUACUCCAAUGCCUUUAUACAGCUAUCCCCCUUACUAUGGUGUUGCUCCCCCACCCCCACCCCCAUCUGCUCCCGCUCCUUGGGCCCCAAACCCUCCAGCACCUGCUCCCAUGCCAACUUCAGACAAGUCAUCGUAUGGUGCAGAUGCAGAAUAUGAAAAAUUUAUGACAGAGAUGAAAUAAGGUGUAUGGCUACCAUUGCAAGAGAGAUGAGCUGAAGUGUUCCCUCCUUGCCGAUUCUCAUUGACGAUUUGUUGAUUCCAUUUUGGGGGAUUUCUUUAUAAUAUUGGUUGCUACUUCUGUUGGGUUUUAUGUUUGGUCAUGUUGUUUUUUGCUCACAUCAUCUUAUUUCUUCCUUUCAGUAAUCUGUGGUUGGUGUUUGUUGUGUUACUAAAUUAACUGACAUUUUGACUGUUUUGUUUGACUCUGACAAGGUUUGCUUUGUGUUUCAAUUUUACUUUUCUAACUCACCUGCCUUUGUCAGUUUGUUGCACUAUAGAAGUGUGAAAUUCGGAAAGAAGCACGGUUCUUGCGUCAACCUACAUAUCUUUCAUACAAGAUGAUAAAAUCUUGAUAUGUGAAGUUCUUGGGGGUAUCUAAUUAUGAUAAGUAUACUGGAUUCAUGUCUUUUUUACUAUUUUAGCUUCUUUAUUUAUUAUACUGGUUUAGUAUACUGGUUUAUACCAUACAGCUGGAUGCAUAUAGUAUUCUGAAUGGUUUGCGAACUUGAUUUCUAUUGAACAAAAAUCUUCUUAAAUUUUUUUUGUCACUUUGACCGUAAGGAGAGAGUUGGGAUGAGGGGAAGUAAUUGCAAAGGAAAAUAAUUGUUUUUUUAUAUCACAUUUGACUGCGGAAUGUGAGUACUUAACUAGUGUAAACUGCAAAGUGAUUAUUUUGCUCUUGGCGUAGGAAAUUGGUUUACAUGGGGCUUUGGCGGGGGGGGGGGGGGGGGGGGGGGGGGGGCUUAUAUUCCACUACGGAGAGUGAAAGUAAUUCCUAAUGAAAGCACCAAAGAGGUCCUUAGUGUCAUCAGUUGGUUAAGGGUCUGGUUGCUCAUUAUGUGAUCUUGAAAUGAUCCGUACAUCUUUUUGCCCAACUUGAUGGACUCUUUUAGUAUAAAGUUAUCUUGAUUUAGUGAGUAGGUUAUUGUUGUUUAAUUUUGGGUCUCUAACAAUAAAUAAGGACACUAUGGGGGAGGGAGUGUGUUUUGGUAUGAAGAACAUGAAUCUAAUAAUUUGUUUCAAUGGUGGUCCAAGCCUCCGAGGCAUUGUUAUACAUGUUAACCAUGCCAUGAAACUCCAUGAAUCAUGUUGUGCAGAAGGUUAGUAGUGCGUUGCUCACAUAUAGUACCAUUUUUGUUUUCUUGUAAAUAAACAAGGCAGUCUUGUGAAGUUGAUGAGAUAUAGGAAUGUGUCCUGCAGGUGAUCUUGGGUGCCUCUCCAUGUGUGGAACAUUUGACUGACUGUUCACUAUGGAAUACUUUGCAUCGGUUGAUGGUGGAAAGUUUUUCUUCCCAUUUCAUCAUUGUUAUUCUGCAUGUGUUAUCUUAUUUUCAUGUCCCUAUUCUGGCCAAGUUGAGACCUGAGACUGGAUAUGAAUUGGUUAAAUAUGUGUUCGUUUUUUAAUGUUGAAUGUAGACAAUAGACAUUAGAACAUUUGUUAGCUUUGAUUAGUUAAGGGACUAAACAUAGAUAGACUAAAGAAAACUUAGGGGAGAAAUGAUAAAAUUAGGGGUGCUCUGAGUCCUCUAAAUUCAAUUCUCUCUAUUUUUGCCUUCUCAACAAGGUCAAACAUACAAACAAAAAACAGAAGGAAGAGGUUUAAAAAUAGUCGAGCCUUCCGAAUGUGUGUCAAAUAUCCUCAUUUGAAGUCCAAACUUGAAACAUUGUGUUCUGUCUAUGGGUGGAAUGAGACGGGUCAGCCUGACCCGGGUCCUUGCCUUGCACUAUGCAGACAGCAGACCCAACCCGACCCGGUGAACCGGGACCGGGACCUAAACCGGAUCUUCAAUGGGUGGGCUACCAACUACAAAAAAAACUAGGCUUGACCUGGCUGGCCUGGUCCUGGUACAAACCUAGGUCAGUACUUGGCCUGAAUAUUCAGGACCAGUAGCCCGCCCAAGCCCGACCCGGAGCCUGGCCUGACCCGGGCCAAUUCCACCCCUAGUUCCGUCAAUAAAAGUUUGAAACGUUUUCUUUCAUCAGUAGACACAUGGAGCAAAGAUCCUGUGUGUCUGUGCUCCUUAGACAUUGGCAAAAAAAGCCCCAAAUAUAUGAGUCAAAAUGUGUGUAUUUCAAAAUAGAGUUGUGUUUUUAUUCCCAAAAUAUGAGUAAUUUAUUGUCAUGUUUUGGUUUUAUUAGAAUUUAUAUAUGAUUAUAUUAUUCAUAUUAUGAUGUUUUAUUUUGAAAUUUUAAGGCGUUUUUGCUUUUAUUUUUAUUUCGGGAAUUUUUCUUGCCAAUCCCAAGUCCUAAGCCGCAAGUGAUUGUGAACCCGGAUUGGAGUCAUUGGACCCUCUUCCCUUAUUAGGCGUUAGGCUUUCUACGUGUAAGCUAAAUGGAAGACCGAGUCAACUCCUACUUUCUUAGUUUUAAAAGUUUAAUAUAUAGUCAUUUAUUCUUUCAGGAUUUUGGGGUAAGUUUGACAUCUA